AUGUAUCAUGUUACUCGUUCAUUUGUGUUAUUUUUAAUCCUGUUCAUUUUUUUGCACGUAUCAGGAAAUUUUGUUUUGUCAAAUGCUAACACUAAUAAUGCAAACAAAAAUGGAUCUCAAAAAAAGAAUAACGCAAAUAAUAAUAAUGUGAACAAGUCAGGUGAAAAGAAAAAAACAACUAAAGGAAAGAAAGGAAAUGCAAAUGAUAAUGUGAAUGAAUUUAAUUUUAAUUUUAAUGAUCUUUUAAAUGAAAUAAAUAAUACUACAACUAAAGAUAAUAAUAAUAAUAAUAACAAUAAUAAUGAUAAUAAUAAUAAUAAUGAUAAUAAUAAUAAUAGUAAGAAUGAAAUAAAGGAAAAUAAUUUUAAUGAGGAAUUAUAUAAUAAAUUAGAAAAGAAUUUUCAACUGAAUACUGAAGAUGAUGAAAAUAAUAAAGGAGAUAUAAAUAUGAAUCAAUAUGAUGAAAAGAAAUAUAAUUUAAAUGAUGAUAAUAAUAAAAUGAAACCUAAUGCAAACGAUUAUCAAUAUAAUGAAAAUGAUGCUGAUACAGAUAAUGAAGAAGAUUUGACAAAUAUAUGGAAUAAAAAUAUGCAGAAUUUUGAACCAUCAACUUUAUUAACAUUUGAAAUUCCUUCCAAUUCUGAAGAAUAUUUAUUUGAAGAAGUACCAGAGGUUAAUACAUAUUUUAGAGGUGUAUUUUAUUCAAAUAAUGAAACAGAUGAUAACAUAAUUGAAUUUUUAAUUUCUGAUCCAGAUGGGCAAGUUAUUUAUAAAAAAGAAGCUAGUGAAGGUAUCUUUUAUUUUUAUACAAAAAAAGUUGGUAUUUAUACCUUGACAUUAAAAAAUAGUAAAUGGAUGGGUAAAAAAUUAACUACUGUUGCUUUAGGGUUAGGAGAAAAUCCUUCAUUGAGAUCUGAUCAUGUUAAAGAUUUUACAAAUUAUAUACAACGAAUUGUUGCUGAAACAAAGAAAUUAAAAAAUGAAAUUAAAUAUUUAUCAUCAAAACAUAUGAGACAUAUUGAAAAAAUGAAAAAAAUUACCAACAAAGCAUUUCUAUAUUGUUUUAUUAAAUUAUUCGUAUUAAUAUUUUUGUCAUUAUUUACUAUAUAUUACAUUAAAAGAUUAGUCUCAAAUAAAAGGGUACUAUAA